AUGGCGAUGAAUGGCUUACAGCCAAUGCCUUUGUUCGAACCGAAAGCUGAUCCAACGAAUACAAGCGCUCGAUGGACACAGUGGAUAGAACGUUUUAACACAUAUUUAGUCGCUUCAAAUGGGAAGGACACUGCACGUAAAAGAGCACUAUUAUUGUAUCAAGCUGGACCUGAAGUUCACGAGAUAUUCAAAACAUUGCCUGACACAGGAGACGAGAAAAAUUACGAAGCUGCUGUCAAUGCCCUCACUGCAUAUUUUGAACCAGAAAAAAAUCGAAUCUAUCAAACAUAUAUGUUUAGACAAGCAUCUCAACAAGAUAAUGAAACCAUCGACGAAUUUCACACACGCUUGAGACGAUUAGCAAAACAUUGUGAGUUCGUAGAUGUUGAAUUCGAAAUCAAAAUGCAAAUUGUGUGCAACGGUACAUCCUCGAGAUUGCGUAAGAAAGCGUUAAAAGAAAGCAAUUAUUCACUCAAAGAUAUGUUGAUCGAUGGUCGAAAAUCAGAAACCUGCAGUGCACAAGCCAGUGGCAUGGAAGAAAAAUUUAAGGAUGUACAACUUAAUCAAGUUGAGAGAAAACCUGCUCAAUCUAAGUGCUAUAACUGUGGAUUUGCUUACCCUCAUUUGGAUCGUCCUUGUCCGGCCGAAAAUUCAACUUGUAACUCGUGUGGCAUACUUG